AUGGUAAAGACAUGUGUGGACUGUAACAAGUUUGGUAGAUCAGCACCAGCUUUAACAGACCAUCCGUGGUGCCGACCCACUGGACCAUACCAGCGCAUCCACAUGGACUUGGCAGGACUAUUCCAGGGACACAUGUGGUUACUUGUUCAGGACGCCUACUCUAAGUGGCCUGACAUUGUUAAGAUGAACUCAACGAAAACAGGAGCACUGAUUACAGUUCUAAGACACAUAUUUGCUAGAACUGGGUUACCAUGUGUCGUUGUAUCAGACAACGGACCCCAGUUUACUUCAGAGGAACUCAGAGUUUUCUUCAAGCAAAACGGAAUAAGACACAUUCCAACACCGACAUACCACCCUAAAUCUAAUAGCAUCGCAGAGAGACUGGUACAAUCGUUCAAGAAUUCUAUGAAAAAGAUGUGGAAUGACUCUAAAGACUUGGACAAGAAUCUCAAUAAUUUCUUGUUAACUUACAGGAACACUCCGCACGCAACCACAGGUCAGACACCAGCAAUCAUGAUGUACAAUCGGACAUUAAGAUCUAAGUUACACAUGCUCACGCCGCAUGACAAGGAGAAAGUGGAAAACUUGCAAGCUGACAAACAAGAGCAAGUGUUGCAGAGCAAUCCUAGAAUAUUUUGUCCAAAGCAGCCAGUACGUGUCCAGAUUGAUGGAAAAGAAUGGAGACCAGCCACAGUAGUGCGAAGACUGGGCGAAUCAUCCAACACAUAUGAUAUUGAGCAUGAAGGACGCAUCAUCAGGAAGCAUGCUGAUCACAUUCAAAGCCUGAGAAGACCUAUUAUCUCUCUUCAACAAGGUAACGUAUCUGACAAAGACCCUGUUUCAGUGAGAGGUGAGACAGUGAGUGAGCAGCAGGAUGUUAGUCCGUUAGUUGAACCUGGUAUAGUUGACCCUGAUAUUGAACUGCCAGAUAAUUUACGAGAUAAUAAUGAUGAACCUUCUGAGAUUGAUAUUAGAGAUGACGUUAUUGCUAGACAGCAAACUGAUGAUGAAAAUGUUAAUGUUAGAAGAGCAAAUCUGAGAGAUGUACCUCGGGUAAAUUACAAAAUGUUAAACAGAUAUGGCAAGUAA